CGUACCCGUCGAGCACCGGUACCCCAUCGCCAUUAGCCAGCGAUGAAAACACCGGUUCACCACUCGAUAUGAAUGACAUAGAUAUUGAUUGCGAGACACCAGCCGAUGGACAGGUGACAGGUCUGGCCGAUCAGCCCUACACCGACAUUGAUGGCGAUAUAUCAGACAUCAUGCUGUUUAACGAUAUUAAACCCGAUAUAAACCUGAGGACAACACUAUCACCGCCAGUACAAGUGAUGCCUGUGUACAGGCCUCUAACUGAUUACCGUAAUCAGUUGAACGAGCUCGAGUCUAGUAGACUACAGGAGCUACUAUGGGCCACCAGUGCCGUGAAACUGUCACCAAUGAACCUGCACGAAUUACGUUCGGGCAUGAUGCUUUUCCUUAAAAUGGACGAGCACACCCGCAAAAUGAUCAAGAUGUGCAAACGACUGGCCGCGUUUAACACCAUGUGCGAACACGAUAAACUAUGCUUGAUUAAGCAUGGUUGCGUGGCCCUGUUUUAUAUGACCAUGGUGCCUAAUUAUAAUCCUGUUCAGGAUUGUUGGGCAUUCGAUACGUUGACAGCAAUUGUGUUAUUUAACCCGGACAGGCCUACGCUUAAAGAGAGACACUUGGUUAAAUUGCAGCGCGAAAUAUACCUAUACCGGAUGGAAAUUGUAUCUAGCGCAAAGUUUACCAGCUUAUUGCAAUCAGUGUCUGAUUUGGAGGAUUUGAAUUAUGGUAAAAGACGAGUCAGCUAUGCGAGUGAUCCAAAGGUUUAUCCGUCUGAGCUAUUGAAGGAGAUAUUUGAAUUGCCCAAUAAUGGCCCG